AUGGCAGUGGAACUGAGAGACGACUCUGAUAAUGGAAGCGACCUGUCCAGAUCCGGGUCCCCAUCACCUUCUUCGCCUACACCAUCGCUCAGCAAUACGACCAGCAAUGAUGGAGAAGGGAUUGUGGACCACUCGACAUUUAACCAAUUACUCGAUUUGGAUAUGGAGGAUGACGACGAGUUCUCGAGGACGCUAGUCCACAACUACUUUGAGCAGGCGCAGCGAGCCUUUGGUGACAUGGACGCUGCCAUGUCGGCGUCAGACCUGUUGGGAUUAUCACGGCUAGGUCACUUCCUAAAGGGCUCGUCUGCACAAUUGGGACUUCUGAAGGUCAAGGCGUCGUGUGAAAAGCUACAGUACUAUGGUCAGGGGAUGGACGCGGCGGGUCAGCAUUCUUCGAUAUCGAAUGAAGAGGCUGAGAAUCAGAUUCGGAUCCUCCUGAUCCAGAUGAGGCGUGAAUAUGAUGAGGCGGAGACCUAUUUGAAGGUGCUUUAUGGCGAGCAGCAAUUGGAGCAAUGA